GAGGAGGACUACGACGUUUCGCAGUUUGUGAAUGAGCCAAUGUCGCCGAUCAUGAACGACAGAAUUGUCCAGGAGAUCACCAGAGCGUACAUCAAGCACUCCAAAGACUAUUUGGACCCGACCGACGAAGACACUUUUGACGUGUCGAUGGUGGCCGAAUACGGGAACCAGAUCUUCAACUACCUCCACGAGCUCGAGUACAAAUACGCCCCUAACCCAAGAUAUGUCGAGGAGGUGCAAAAUGAGCUGACUUGGGAGCACCGGGCAACACUGAUGAACUGGCUGGUGCAGCUGCACGCGCGGUUCAACCUGCUACCAGAAACGCUGUUUCUUGCUGUCAACAUCAUCGACCGGUUCUUGUCGGUGAAAACAAUCUCGCUGUCCCGCUUCCAACUGUGUGGUGCCGUUGCUCUGUUCAUUGCUGCCAAAUACGAGGAAAUCAACGUGCCCACCAUCAAGCAGAUGAUAUACAUGGUGGGCGACCAGUUCACGAUCCCAGAGUUCUUGCGCGCUGAAAAAUUUAUGGUCGAGGUGCUGAAGUUCGAGUUCGGCUGGCCGGGACCAAUGUCGUUUCUGCGCCGGGGCUCCAAAGCCGACGACUACGACAACGAGGUGAGAACGCUGGCCAAAUAUUUCAUCGAGGUGACCAUCAUGGACCCCAGGUUUGUGGCCUCUGCUCCCAGCUGGCUGGCGGCCGGUGCGCAAUUCCUGGCGCGCAGGAUGCUGGGCCGUGGGCACUGGACCGAUCUGCACGUUUUCUACUCGGGCUACACUGCAGAGCAGCUGGAGCCGUUGGCCGAGGCGGUGGAAGAGUGCUGUUUGCGCGCGGCAGCGCACCACCAGGCGGUCUACGAGAAGUACAGCGAGCGCCGGUUCAAGAGGUCUGCUAGGUACGUGCGGGACUACCUCGAGGCUCUGUAUCAGGAGGAGUAAGGCGGUUCCUUGAGAUUUACAGUAUUUACGCUAUGUAGUAGUAGGGUCGAGUAAUACCACGUG